UUUAUUUUUUUUUUUCCUUUCUUUUUUGAUCACCUUUUUGCCUUGCUUCUCGCCAUAGCCACGCUCAUUCUUUGUUUCAAACAAUGACCGACAUUAAGAUUUGCGUCGUCGGAUCUGGCGGUGUCGGCAAGAGCUGCGUCACUGUCCGCUUUCUGAAGCAAAAGUUUGCCGAAUACUACGAUCCCACCAUCGAAGAGUCGUACCGCAAGCCCGUCACUGUCGACGAGAAGGACUACGAGCUCGAGAUUGUCGACACAGCCGGACAAGACGAGUUUGCCAGCUUCCGCGACUCGUCUCUCGAUUACGGCGAUGGUUUCCUCCUUGUUUUUGGCAUCAACUCGCCCAGCAGUUUUGCCGAGCUCCAAGAGCUCCGAAAGAAGAUUUUGCUCAUGAAGGAGGCUGACUCGUAUCCCAUGGUCAUUGUCGGCAAUAAGAAGGAUUUGCCACCAGAUCAACGAACAGUCAGCGAGGCGGAAGUUCAAGCAUUCUGCGAAUCCAUCAACUGCCCAUAUUACGAGACUUCCGCUAAGACCGGCUUGAACGUUGAAGAGGUCUUUUUCGAAGUUGUCCGCCAAAUCCGAAAGUCAAAGCCCGAGCUUAACAAGCCAGGCGCAGCAGUCGCCGAAAAGAAGGAAAAGAAGGGGGGCAAGUGCACGAUUCUCUAACGCGUCGGCUCAACACCUUCAAAUCCGUCAUUCUUUUAUGCUGUGACUCGGUCGUGUGUUUGUCUUGAUGCUUCUUUUGUUCAGAUUUUUUUUUGUCCGCUUACCACCCUUCUUUCUCUUUGUCCUUUUCUGACUUUCUUUUGAUUGUGUGUUUUGUCCCGUUUGGGAUGCCGUUGUGUGCGACUGUUGCCGGUUUCGUGGGGAGCUGGCGAUAGCCUGUUUUUUUGUUUGUUGUUGUUGUUUGUUGUUUUGUUGUUUUGUUGUUUUUUGUGUGUGGUUGCCGUCCUUUGAUUUUGACCUUAUGUCGUUGGGUUGUUACUUUUGAGUCAACACCCUUCGAUACUGAAAGUCGCGCUCAAAAUGCCCACAUUUGAGUGACACUUUGUGAUUGCUUUGUUUUUGGUUUUGUGUUGUGUUUUUGUCUUCUCUGGCAGGAAUACACACUUUGCCCGCGCA